AUGGGAGAGAGUUGGUGGGAGAGAAAGACCAGGGAAGCGAGAGGGAAGAGGAAGAGAGCAGAGAAGCGAGGGUGUCUUGAGGACGUAAUAGUAACAAGGGAACCGGGCCUCCGAGCAGGGAACAGAAUGAAUCGAACGAAGAGAAAGAAAGAUGAGGCUGUGGUGUGGAUCGGCGGCGGGAAGAAGAACGGAAACUCAGCCGGGAAAAGGCUAGCAGAGCCACAGGCGAAGAGCCGCAAGAGGCAAGGCAGAGGAGGACGAAGAAUCGAGGCAGAAGAGGCGGGAGAGACAAGAAAGCAUGCAGUUAUUACGUACCAACAGUCGGAGACUCUUAGUCAGGAGACGUUACAGGAUGGUAGAACAGCCAGCAGAAAGGAGAAGAGAGUCAAGAGUCCUUCUAGCAAGAGGUCGCAAAAGUCAGAGAAGAGAGACCUUGCCCUAUCCCUGACGUGA